CAUCAGUUGUGCCAGGUUCAUCAAUCUAGUAGGUUUUUCAAUCAAGCUCGAGCAGUUUGAUCCAGUUCUAGUGUACAAUGGCCAAAUAUUUUAUCUUGCUGCUCGUUCUGGUGAGCCUGGCCGCAGUCCAAGGUACCCGAGGAGGCGGUAUACGAGGCGGGAGGCUCGGCCACAAAAACCUUCUAGCCGCUGGUAGUUUGAUCGGUCUCGGAUACGGGCUAGGAUCGGGAGGCUUCGGAGGAUACGCUCCUCCUCCUGUGGGUCUGUAUGCGACACCGUUGAUCCAUGGUGCUCCGUAUGGACUAAGUCCGUAUGGUUACGGUCACGGAUACGGUUACGGUCACGGUUACGGAUAUGGUCGCAAGCCCCGUGGAUUCCACCUCGGGUACGAAGUUGGCUAUCAGGGCAAACUUGGAUACGUCAAGCUAAAGCGCGACAACCUGAGGCACGUUCAAGUUGCUGUUGGUCUCGGCCAAGAGCAGACGCCAUACGUAGGUUAGGACAAGUGUGAACUUUAGUCACAGCACCAGUAACAAUACCAGGCACUAUUCACACGACCGAAAUUAGCAAGAUAAAAAAAAGAGCGUUCUCAACUGACUGACUGUUACGAGCAGGUGGUUGGCAGAAUUAGUUAGUAUAAAAAGCUUUAACCAAGCUGCCAAGUUCAAGGUCGGCUGUUUCGUCUGCACUGUAGCCGCGUGGUUGUUUUAAACCCCGUUGCGAAAUCAGCCAGCGAAUCGGCCCGCCCCAAAACGCUAGGUGAAACGAAAACUACAACCAGGAUACCGAUUGUACUGUGAAAGUUAUGAAAGGAAAAAGCAGGAAAACAUUAAUGUCAGAAAAAGAAGUGUACAAGUGUAAGUAGUGUGAAUGCACCUAAUACCGAUAGUUACUAGACGACCGUGCAGCGUAGGGAGUACAAGUGUUGCAUAACAGAAUUCAGUAUGCAUCAGUAAACUUGCAGCCCGUUGGGCGAUCGAGUUUCCUAGAUAUUUAAGGCCGUAUAGAAACCGUGUUUGCAUGACUGUAUAGGACAAACGUGAUUGUGUGAUUUUGAUUUUAAAUCAUUAUUUGUUACCUGUGGUUUACUAGGAAUUUUUUUUUUGUUGUUUUAGAGGAGUUGGCUUUACUGAAGAAAAAUUUGUACACAAUGAGUGACAAUAUCAAUA